AUGCCGCGCCCCCUCUACAAUACGACGCAGCUCCCGAAGCAGCUCCGGGAGGAGCUGGGCAUUUCAGAUCCGACUAAUGGUCGUAGAGGAGCUCGCCGACACAAUGCUCCUCUUUCCCGCAAGGAACAGCGGAAAGCGGCUCGGACGAACAACAAACGCACACUGUCUGUGCAACAAGGGAAGUGGUCUCAGGGGGGUGUGAGGGAUGAUAAGGGGAACAUGCGAAGCACUCCGUCCGUGACUGGAAGGGUUAACGGGAAACUAAAGCAGACUGCGAAGUUAAAUGCGGCGAAGGCGCCUAAUUCGAUCUUGAAGGGGCAGAGAAAGAUCAUUGACGAGUCUGAGGUUGAGUCGGACGAAGGGGCUGAUGGAGACGAAGAAGGGGGCUUUUCGGAUUUGCUUGAUGAAAACGAAGGUGAUGAACAGGAGGAUGAUAACUCGGAAGAAAGUGACGAGAACGGAAGGAGGAAUUCUGCAGGGCGGACUAGGAUAUCUAGAGCAGUGGAGGCAAAAUUGGCGGAGGACGAUGCAGAGAUCUCUACUCUAGAGAAAAAAUUGGGCAUCAAAGGGAAGAAAGGGAAGUUGCCACAAUCAUUUUAUGAUGAAGGGUUAGCAGAUUUAUUCGGUGAUCCGAGCGGGAGUGACUCGGAGGAUGAAUCACGGAAGCGGAAGAGGGAAGGGGAUGAAUGGCUGCAGCGGAAGAGAUUGAAGGCGCAGGCUGCAGCGCGAGAAGUUCGUAAGGGAAUGGAUACGGCUAGUGAUAGCGGAAGCGAGGAGGUUUCCGAAUCUGAGGGCAGUGACUGGAGUGGUGGGAGUAGCGAGGGAGGUAAUCUGGGGAAUGAAUUUGAAGGGUUUGAAGACGAGGAUCCAGAGAAUUCACCUCCCAAGCCCAAAAGACGGGAAAAUCCAUACGUCGCACCAGUUGUGGCCGUGGAUACAGUUGCACGCAAAUACAUACCCCCAUCCCUCCGAGCCCCGGCGGCCAGUGAAGCAGAGUCCCUAGCCCGUCUACGACGACAGGCCCAGGGCCAUCUUAACAAACUUUCCGAAGCAAACCUCGUCUCAAUUCUUCGAGACGUCGAGAAACUCUAUCAGGACUAUCCACGGCACAGUGUCACCUCGACGUUAAUCGACCUGUUGAUGGACAUGAUUUACAACCCAAGCGUUCUGCAGGACACAUUCAUCAUCCUACAUGCUGGCUUCAUAGCAGCUAUGUAUAAGGUGUUGGGCAUGGACUUUGGGGCAGAGUUUGUAGAACGAAUCGUCAAAAGAUUUGAUGACGAUUACCAGAGAAAGGACGGUGGACUCGAUUCCGGGCCCCAACUGCGACAAGACGACCCGUCCUCGCUAAAAGACAUAAUUCUCCUCAUUCAACCUGCAGUCUCCCAGAUCGGUGAGGGCGCGUUAUCCGUCCGUACAAAAUUCAUGAUCGAAACUAUGACAGACCUUAAAAAUAACAGAUUAAAAACGGGCGCGACCGCAUCCUCCAUCUCAUCCGAGCACAUCACCCGUAUGAGGAAAAUUCUCGGAUCCCUCAACAACUCACGCACCCUCCGCGCCAGUGAGCCCCUACGCAUCGGCCGCGCAGAUAUCCACAAUUCCUCCAGAAAGGGGAAGUGGUGGCUAGUGGGCGCAAGUUGGAAAAACGAUGACCCCACGACCAAAUCUGCCUCGGCAGUUCUGGAUGCCACGGCAGCUCUUUCGAACACGCUAGCCGACGAUAUCGGCGGUGACGAGGUCGAUCUCGCGCAAUUAGCCCGAGCUCAUCGGAUGAAUACCGAUGUUCGCCGAUCCAUAUUUGUCGCGAUUAUGUCGGCGGCUGACUGCCGAGAUGCGCAUAUCCGCCUGGCGAAACUGCGAUUAAAACGGAACCAGGAGGGGGAGAUCCCUCGUGUUGUCUUGCACUGUGCUAUGGAAGAAGAAGCACAUAACCCGUAUUACACACUCCUAGCGCGGAAGCUCUGCGGGGAGCGGAGAAUGAAAAUGGCGUUCAUGUUCUCGUUAUGGGAUGUGUUUAAGCGGAUGGGCGAGAAGGGUGACCUGGAAGAGGGCUCAGACGCCGACGUUGACGGUGAUAGCGAUAAUACAGUGACCAGCAAAGCCAUUGUGAAUUUGGCGAAAAUGUUUGGCAGCAUGGUUGCGGACGGUGCGCUUACCCUGGGCAUCCUCAAGGUCUUGGAAUUUGCGUACUUGCAGCCGAAGACGAAGACGUUUGUUGAGUUGCUGCUUGUUACUGUCAUGGUGCAGACGCAACAGAAAAGACUGAAGAAGAUGAAGCAGAAUGAAAAAGCACCAUCUGUGGCUGACGACGGAGCGGAUGAGACAGAGCUUGACGAAAAGGCGCUUGCGGAUGUGUUUCUGCGAACUCGGGAGACUCCGCAGAUUGUCCCGCGCCUAAUUUACUUUAUUCGCAAGGUGGUUGUGAAGACAGAUAUUGUGGUAUCAAAAAGGGAGAAGAGGAUCGUUAAAUGGGGGAGUAAGGUUGCUUUGGAUACGUUGAAGGUCGUAUCUCGGGCUGUUGAUAAUUCUUGAUACCCUUCUGCUUUCUCUCCGAUGUAUAUGCAAAGCAUAUUCGCGAUAUAAAAUGAAUGCUAAUCGCCAAGAUAUUACAACCGGCGAUAAUAG